AUGGCUUCUAACUUCAUUAGGAAAAAAGAUCAGGUCGGCAGAGACAAGGAGGUAAGAUCAAACGGUGUUCACGACGUUGAGAAACAGGACAGCUUGCCGAAACAGGAAGACCAAAUGUCAGGCGUACCCUCUGAGAGCCUCUAUCAGCCCAAGACUCUCAAAUUCUGGUUAAUCAUGUCAUGCAAUUUCCUUUCCCUCUUCACCGUUGCACUUGAUCGGACAAUUAUCACGAGUGCAAUCCCUCGCAUCACGGACGAUUUCAAUAGUUUGGGCAAUAUCGGCCGGUAUGGCUCGGCAUACUUGCUCACGGGUGCAAUUUCCCAGCUUAUAUAUGGCCAUAUAUACAGAGCUUACGAUAUGAAGCGUGUUUUCUUAUUAUCUCUCGUUGUUUUUGAGAUUGGGUCUGCCAUCUGUGGCACAGCCCCCAAUUCUGGCGCCUUCAUAGCUGGACGUGCCAUUGCCGGGCUCGCAUCUGCAGGGGUCUUCUCGGGCUGCAUGCUUAUUAUAAUACCAAUGAUACCGCUACACAAGAGACCAAUGUUUCAAGGGAUGUUCGGGAGCGUCUUUGGGAUCGCUAGUGUUACGGGCCCCCUGAUCGGUGGAGCUUUCACCACUUCGGCUACUUGGAGAUGGUGCUUCUAUAUCAAUCUUCCUAUCGGGGCUAUCACAAUGUUGUUCUUGAUCUUGAUUUGGGACCCACCAAAGUCAAACCACGAACCUGCUUCCAUAGGAACGCAUCUAAAACGUCUUGACCCUUUGGGAAUGUUUUUCUUCAUCCCUGCCGUCGCGUCCCUUUUGCUGGCUUUACAGUGGGGAGGGUCGACCUAUCCAUGGAAUAGCAGUCGUAUCAUCGCCCUAUUUAUUCUCUUUGGGGUUUUAAUCCUAUUGUUUGCCACCGUACAGAUCCUUAAGCCAGAGACGGCGACGAUUCCCGCUAGAGUGGUCACUCAAAGGAGCAUGAUUUGCGCAGCCUUCUACACCUUCUUUGUGGCGAGCUCUAUGAUGCUAAUGAUAUACUACCUUCCAGUCUGGUUCCAAACCGUCAAACUCGUCAGCCCCGUCACUUCGGGCAUUUACACAUUACCACUCAUGCUCAGUAUUAUUGCCGCAACAUUCAUAGCAGGGUUCAUGACCCAGAAGAUCGGAUACUAUGUUCCGGCCAUGUACAUAUGCCCAUGUAUCAUGUCAGUUGGGCUGGGUUUGAUGUCUACUUUUAACCUCAACGCCAUCCCAUCACAUUGGAUCGGAUACCAGUUUUUGUCCGGAUUUGGCCUGGGUUUUGGAAUGCAAAUCUCUGGCCUGGUCGUGCAGAGAGUUCUUCCACUUGCUGACGACCCAAUCGGAAUUGCACUCGUAUUCUUCCUCCAGCAACUCGGUGGCAGCGUCUUUACUACAGUCGGCCAGUCUAUUCUGAGCAACCACCUCAUAUCUCAGUUAUCCGGUAUUCCGGGGCUAGAUACAAGUGAGAUCAUUAACAAUGGCGCCACUAGUCUGGCCUCCGUUGUUCCGUCCGAGCAUAUGGGCACGGUGAAACAAGCGUACAAUAGGGCUUGUACGAGAAUCUUCCUCACAGCAAUGGGGGUCUCCCUCGCUGGACUGAUUGCAUCGCUUGGAAUGGAAUGGAAGAGCAUAAAAAAGGGGAAGAAUGGCCAAGAUAAACCGGGAGGAGCCGAUGAAGUGAGUGGCUCGUCAUUCACAAAGUAA